AUGCUGCUGAUACGGACGUGGGACUGGCUCAUAGGCAAGUUAAACGUUAGCGUCGACCGGAAGUUCAUUUUCGUUACCGGAUGCGAUUCUGGAUUCGGGGAGGAGCUUUGUGUGGAGUUGGACAGGUUGGGAUGUCACGUAUUUGCCGGGUGUUUGACUGUGGAGGGAAUGGUUAACAUUAAGGAUAAGUGCUCCGCUAAAGUCUUUCCGGUUAAGUUGGAUGUUCGGGAUCAUGCCAGUAUCUUGAAUUACAAUUUUCCCCUAAUUCCAGGUCUCUGGGCCCUUGUGAACAACGCAGGCAUAUGUGGAGCAGUAGGACCAACACAAUGGCUGAAUGCAGGUGAUUUCAAAGAAGUCCUGGAAACAAAUCUGCUGGGAGCCAUCGACGUUACACUGAGCGCCCUACCGUUGCUGAAGUCUGAGAAUAAAUAUGAUUCGUGUAGGAUCGUUAACAUGAUCAGUGUUCUGGCGCACUUCCAUUCACCGCUGACCCUACCAUACACCCUCUCAAAAGCAUCUCUGAGUAUUUUCUCCAAAGUUUUACGAAUGGAGCUGAAGGGCAUGAACGUGCGAGUAUGCACAAUAGAGCCAGGAGCGCACAUAUCAAACUUCACAGACAGAACUGAAAUGUCCUUGAAACAAACUUGGGAUAGAUUGCCUCUUGUUGAUCAACUUCUAUUUGGCAAGCAAAAUUAUGAGAAAAGUUAG